AUGAUGAAAUUAAGUAAGGGGAAAAAAGAGAUGCGAAUUGGGGAAAAGAAGAAAAAAAGAAACUUGGAACAGAAAGUUGAUGAUGUGGAGACAUAUGUUACAGUGAACAAUGAUGUGGAUGGUGGAGUGAAGGUUAAUAAGGGAAAAAAGAUGAGAGUUUCAUCUGGUAGAAGAAAGAAGAACAAGGACAAAAAUAUCUUUGUGGAAGAAAGACGGGAAGGUGAAGAAGUUGAUUUAGAAGAGCAAAGUGUGGUUCAUGAAAUAAAGAGAGAAAAGGUGAAAGGUACAACUAGUCGAAAAAGGAAAAACAAAGACAGAAACCUAGUUGGAAGACAAAGAGUGGAAGAUGAAGAAGUGGAUUUAGAGAAGGAAAACGUUGUUCAUGAAAUGCAAGCUAUAAAGAGAGAAAAGGUGAAAGGUACUACUAGUCGAAAAAGGAAAAGUAAAGACAGAAACCUAGUUGGAAGACAAAGACUGGAAGCUGAAGAAGAGGACUUAGAAAAGGAAAAUGAUGGAGUAGUGGAACAUUGUGAUGCUAAACAAGAGGAAGUCAAAGACUCGAAGGAGCAUAGAAAUUCCAAUACUGGAGCAUUUAUCAAACCUUGUAAGUCAAAGGAAACUAAGAAGAAACGAAGAAAGGAGGUUCCAAAAUCACCAGAAAAGAGAGAACAAGAUCAUCAGGAGGUCCCAAAAUCACCUGAAAAGAGAGAACAAGAUCAUCCGGAGGAGAUUCAUAUUAUUUCCCCUGGAGAUGACGACUGCUCAAAUGGAAUGAAAAAAUGGAUCAUGGAAUACCAUCAAAGUAGACCAAGGUUGAAGGUGUUGCAAAAUCAAAUUGACGACUUUAUAACUGAUUACGAGGAGAAAUUGGAAGAGGAAAAGAAAGCAAAAGAAGCUCUUGCUGCAGAAGGGGGAUGGACGGUGGUUGUUCAACGCAAGGGUAGAAAGAAAACUACUGAUUCUGAAAGUGGGAUUGCCGUGGGCUCGGUUGCUCAAGCUGCUGUGGAGGAUAAACUGGCCAAAAAGAAAAAUAAAGAAGUUGGUCUAGAUUUCUACCGCUUUCAAAAAAAAGAAGCCCAGAGAAAUGAGCUAAUGCUAUUGCAGCAGAAAUUUGAGGAAGACAAAAAACGUUUGCAACAGUUGAGAGCUGCCAGGAAAUUCAGACCUUACUAA